AUGUCAAGCAAAGAGCUUCCAUUGCCGGUGGACAAUGUCCAACCCGAAGAUUAUCACAAGAAGUUCUCCGUUAGUCUCACGUCGUCCUUUCCUUGUGAAGGUGCGGCCAAGGCCUCGAUGAAAUGCAUGGACAAAAACAAUUAUGACCGCGACAAGUGCUUGGACUUCUUCCAAGCAUACAGAGACUGCAAGAAGACAUGGCUCGAGAAGAAGAGGACAGAUCGAAGGUCAGGUCGCGAUGUACCCAUAUAA